UAUACGAAAGUGAUAUCGAGGGACGCUGUGAAUGACUAUAGGUAUACAAGGAUAGCUUUUCCUCAGCUGAUUUCCCCAGAUAUCUUCUGUAGAAUCGAAUCAUCAUACAUCCACAAUGAGUCUAGACGUUCAACUUACUGCGCCCAAUGGGCGAACUUACAAGCAGCCUACUGGGCUGUUCAUCAACAACGAAUUUGUUCCAUCCUCAAACGGCAGCAAAAUCACUUCAAUAAACCCAACGAAUGAGCAGGAAAUCACCUCCGUCUACGCCGCAUCGUCCGAAGAUGUCGACAAAGCUGUUCGCGCCGCUCGUCGCGCCCUUCGCAAUCCCGCAUGGCGAGACCUGCCAGCUACAGAGCGCGGCAAGCUUAUGAACCGACUUGCCGAGCUCGUCGAAGAGAACCGAGACAUUCUCGCUACGAUCGAAACAUGGGAUAACGGAAAGCCUUACUCUGUUUCGUUCAAUGAGGACAUGACUGAGGUGGCUGAGACGUUAAGAUACUAUGCUGGCUUUGCGGACAAGGUCUUUGGACAGGUUAUUGAGACCACUGGUGAUAAGUUUGGAUAUACUAUCCGUGAGCCUAUUGGUGUUUGCGGACAGAUUAUUCCAUGGAACUAUCCCCUUGCUAUGGCAGCUUGGAAGCUCGGCCCUGCCCUCGCCUGCGGUAAUGCCGUAGUCCUAAAGCCCGCUGAGCAAACACCCCUCUCAAUCCUCUACUUCGCCAACCUCGUCGUCAAGGCCGGCUUCCCCCCCGGUGUCGUCAACAUCGUCAACGGUCUCGGAACCGUCGCCGGUGCAGCCCUCGCUUCUCACAUGGACGUCGAUAAGAUUGCAUUCACUGGCUCGACCCCAACAGCCAAGACCAUCAUGAAGAUGGCUAGCAGUAACCUCAAGAACAUCACUUUAGAGACUGGCGGCAAGAGUCCUCUUAUCGUCUUCAAUGAUGCUGAUGUUGAUUUGGCUGCUUAUUGGGCCCAUGCUGGUAUCAUGUCAAAUCAGGGUCAGAUCUGCACUGCAACAAGUCGUAUUCUCGUUCAAGAGGGCAUCUACGAUAAGUUUCUCGCUGCUUUCCGAGCUCAAGUCAAGAACAUCUCCAAGGUUGGUGAUCCCUUUGACGAGAAGACCUUCCAAGGUCCUCAAGUUACAAAGGCUCAAUACGACCGCAUUCUCUCUUUCGUCGAAGUUGGUAAGAAAGAAGGUGCCAAACUUGAGCUCGGCGGCCAGCCAUUCAAGAAGGUCGGUGAUGGAAAGGGCUACUUCAUCGAACCUACAGUCUUCACAGGCGUUUCUCCCAAGAUGCGAGUUUUCCAGGAAGAGGUUUUCGGACCAUUUGUGGUGGUAAGCAAGUUUAGCUCUGAAGAAGAAGCUAUCAACUUAGCCAACGAUACUCAGUAUGGUCUUGGUAGUGCCCUGUUUACUACUAACUUGACGAGGGCGCAUCAGGUAGCGAAGAGGAUUGAAGCUGGUAUGGUUUGGAUUAACUCGAGUAAUGAUAGCGACUGGAGGAUUCCAUUCGGUGGGGUCAAGCAGAGUGGUAUUGGAAGGGAGUUGGGAGAGGCUGGUCUUGCAGCAUAUUCGAAUAUCAAGGCUGUGCAUGUUAACAUUGCGGCGAAGUUGUAAGGUAGAUGGAUUGAGAAGACGGUCUAUCUGUACCAAAAUACUCAUAGAGAAAGAUAAUUUGCAGAUCAUCCAGCCAAUUUCUUGAAGACAUCGACGGGAACACCCCGACGUAUACUCCAAAUCGUGUCAUGGUCCGCUGCCUCGAUGGUCUUGGUGUUGUAGGUAAUGACCUGCUGAACCUCUUCUCCUUUGAAACAGCUGUCCAGCCAUUUCGGUCCAUCAGUUCCCGGUGCUCCAAUCAUAGAAUCCUCCUCAGCGUAGUAGAUAUUCACGGUCAACCUCUUGCCAGCUCCCUUGAGCGCUUGUACCAACUUCGGCACCAAGUCAUCAUAGUCAAGCCAGUCGCCCCAUCCUGGUACUCCCUCUGUCUUCUGCAUUAAGAAAACCGACUCAUCGCCGAAUCCGCGAAUACUCUCUGCGUGCACAAGUUUGAACAAGAAUGGUUCCAAGGAUUCUUCAAAAAGGGCAUCGGCCUUGGUCUCCUCAGCGCCACCUUCUACAUUCUUCUUUUUGGAUAAUCCAAACAUUUGGCUCAUACCAGCAGAUGUCGCGACAAC